AUACGUUCCGGGGUCUCGCAGCUGUUCGCGUUUCCUAGCCGGUGCUCGUCUGGCGCUGCUGCCGGCUCUGGCUGCUACUGCUGCUGCUGCUGCUACUUGGAAAUCCUGAGCUUAGAAGACCUCCUCCGCACUUUGGAGGCGCGCGCUGAAUUACAGCCGGCAAUCUCGCCAUCAGCGGCCGUCCGUUUGCGUCGUCUAUAUUCGCUCGUGUGAUUCUGAAUUUGUUUUGAGCCUCAUCGAGACGCCCCAGAAAAGGAUCCUAAUCGGCCGUCCUUAUCAGCCACCGCCAGAGUACGGAAAGCUCCGGCCUGCAUAAGCAACUUGGUCCGCGCUGGCUAUGAGAACCGUCGAGGCGGUGUGCAGUCGACCUCCCAUUUGCUAUGUUUGAAGAAAGCGAGUCAUGUCCUACAAACUGCUGCCCGAAGACGAGCUGCUCGGAUUCACCGCCGUCGUACAUGGAGACGCAGACGAACGCAUUGAAGUUUAUGGUUACAGAAUCUCCACCUGGAGAAAGCUACUGUACAAUGCAUUCUGCUUCCUGACAUUGGGACUGGUGGCGCUGGUCUCAAGAUGGCAACCUGAACGGGAAGUAUGGAUGACGUGCACCACUUGCGAACUGUCUAAAGCUGAGGUCCUCGUCCUAAAGGACAAGUACAACAGACUUUCAGUAUCCAAGGUCAUUUUACAACCUAUUCAUGAACCCACUUCAUCAAGCAUUGCCUUUUACAAGCACAGCUCCUGUAAAGUCACAUAUCAGGAGGCUUACCUGAGGUUCUUCAUACACCAGCACAUUCGCUAUGUGUGGAACGCCCAAGAGGCAAGGUUUAGCAGAUUAAGUGGCCUGGACAAAGGUGUCGACUGCACUGAUUUCUUCAACAAGUACACGGGCUACACGAAAGAGCUACAAGAAGAAAAGUCUCGCAUCUAUGGACUUAACUCAAUUGAUGUGGAGGUGAAAUCUUAUCUGAGCCUACUUCUUGAAGAGGUAAUCAAUCCAUUUUACAUAUUCCAAAUUGGAAGCAUCACCCUAUGGAUUCUGGACAUUUACUACUACUAUGCUACCUGCAUUCUCAUCAUAUCCGUCGUUUCCAUUGGAGUGUCGCUCUAUGAGACGAAAAGGCAAAGGAAGCUUUUGAAAAGCAUUGUUUCCCAUGCCAAUGCAGGAACAGUGCUCGUCAUUCGAUCAGAACACGAAAUGGAGGAGGUUCCCUCGUGCUGCCUGGUUCCCGGUGAUCUCAUUUGCGUGCCGCCGUCCGGCUGCAUCAUGUCCUGCGACGCCGUGCUCACAGCGGGCAACUGCCUGGUGAACGAAAGCAUGCUUACAGGUGAAAGCAUUCCUGAUGUAAAGACUCCCCUUUUGCCUUAUAACGAAGAGUUUUCACCGGAACUGCACAGGAGGCACGUGCUGUUCAGCGGCACCCAAGUCAUCCAGACUCGUUACUAUGGCAGUAGCAGGGUGACAGCAGUGGUGAUCCGCACAGGCUUUUCAACAGCCAAGGGAUCCCUGGUGCGGUCCAUCCUGUUCCCUCAGACCAUGUGCUUCAAGUUCUACAAGGAUGCCAUCAUGUUUGUCCUCCUGCUCUUUGCCGUGGCCAGCGUGGGCAUGGUGUUCACACUCUACCUCUAUAUCAAGAGACACGUGAGCCUCAGGGAAACUAUAAUUCGUGCCUUGGAUAUUGUAACCAUAGCCGUUCCCCCUGCCCUCCCGGCAGCAAUGACCGUGGCAACUGUAUAUGCUCAGAACCGCCUCAAGCGUGCAAACAUCUUCUGCAUCAGCCCUCACCGAAUCAAUGUCGGUGGAAAACUGAAGCUUGUCUGCUUUGACAAGACAGGAACUCUGACUGAGGAAGGACUAGACCUUUGGGGGAUACUGCCGGUUCACAAUCGAUUCUUCAUGGCACCUGUAGGAGAUCCGACCCAGCUGCCUGCACGAAGCCCUUUGCUUGUCUCCAUGGCAACAUGCCACACACUAACUACGGUCGACGGGAAACUAGUUGGCGAUCCUGUUGACCUCAGCAUGUUUCGGGCAACCAAGUGGGACAUUGAGGAGCCCGGUGCGGCCUCGAACCGCUACGACGUCCUCACCCCAACCGUUGUGAAGCCCCCUCCUGCACGGAAGGCCCGCCUUGCAUUCCUGCACCAGACUCCUCUCGUCUUCAUUCCCCCUCAGCUACUCACAGAGCCCGUUGGCCGAGGGCCUGCGGCUCAAGCCACUGAUGUGACAACGAGACCCGGUGACUCCGAAGACGUGGAGAUAGAGGAGGUUCCCUACGAGGUUGGCAUCGUGCGGCAGUUCCCCUUCACCUCGACGCUGCAGAGGAUGAGCGUCGUGUGCCGCACUCUGGGCAGACGCUACAUGGACCUCUAUGCCAAGGGGGCCCCCGAGAUGAUACACUCCCUCUGCGACCCGACAACAGUACCCGAGAACUACUUCGACGUGCUUCGAGGGUACACUCUGCAAGGCUUCCGUGUCAUGGCCCUUGCAUACCGUCCGCUCGAGAAAAAGCUCACAUGGCACCAUGUGCAGCGAGUUGGGAGAGACCAGGUGGAAUGCAACCUGACAUUCCUUGGAUUCCUCAUCAUGCAAAACAUGCUCAAGCUAGAGUCAACCCCGGUGAUUCACACUCUCCACAACGCUUGCAUCCGUUGUCUCAUGGUCACUGGUGACAACUUGUGGACUGCCAUCAGCGUAGCGAGAGACUGCGACAUGAUUGCGAGCACAGUCCGGGUGGUGGUCAUCAAGGCGAGCAUCAACCCAGGGUCAUCCAUGGCAACGUUGGAGUUCGAAGAAGCCUGCCGUGCUGAUGAAAUCAACAGUAGCAGGAGCUUCAGGGCGGACAAAUAUAUUGAAAUGGAGGAGAAUUCCAAUUUCCAGUUUGCUGUGGAUGGGCGCUCCUUUGCCAUCAUUCGACAUCAUUUUCCGGACAUUUUUGAGAAGCUGCUGGUGAGGGGAACCGUGUUUGCACGCAUGUUGCCAGACCAGAAAAUGCAGUUGGUGCAGCAUUUGCAGCAGCUGGGCUAUGUCGUCGGAAUGUGUGGAGACGGCGCAAAUGACUGUGGGGCCCUAAAAGCUGCAGAUGUUGGGAUCUCCCUGUCCGAAGCAGAGUCGUCUGUGGCAGCACCUUUCACUUCUAAGGUGCCCAACAUACAGUGUGUGCCCACUGUAAUCAGGGAAGGACGCUGUGCCUUGGCCACUUCAUUCUCCAUGUUCAAGUUCAUCUCAUUGUACAGUCUCAUCCAGUUUCUCUCCGUGAUGCUGCUCUACUACGUGCAGACCAACUUCUCGGAUGGCAUGUUUCUCUAUGUCGACUUGUUUGUCAUCACAACGCUUGCAGUGACAAUGAGCUAUGCAGAGCCCUGCACCGAGCUGGUGGCUGGGCGUCCCCAGAGCAGCCUCGUCAGCCAGUCCAACAUCACAUCGCUGCUUCUUCAGCUGAUCAUUGUCACCGUUGGCCAAGUGGGAAUGCUCAAGUACCUACAGUCACAGUCCUGGUACACCCGUCCCAACCAUGACCCGGAGGAAGACGUCUACAAUUACUGGGACACGGCAACCCUGUUCUUCGUCUCCUGCUACCAGUACCUCAUCAUGGCGGUGGUUUUCUCCACAGGACCACCAUUCCAGAAGCCCCUGUGGAGCAACUUCUGGUUCCUGGGAAACCUGGUUGUGCUGUUCUGCUUCACCACAUUCCUGCUGUUCCAGGCAUUCCCAUCUGUGAAAGGCUUCUUUGAUAUGGUGCGCUGGCGAUCGGAGGAGAAAAUCCACUUCCGGAUGACCAUCCUCAUGGUUUGCGGCUUGUCCUGGAUAUUUUCCCACGUGGUUGAGGAGUAUGUCAUAAACAGUGCAAUGCUCAAGCGAGCAUACAGGGCCUUGGUGCCCAAACUGGCUCCCAAAAACCGGUACAAGGUUGUUGAACUCGAAAUCAUCCAAGACCCCAGCUGGCUCGCCCCCAAGACAACCAUGCUCAAGCACUUUGACGACUUCCCCAAGAGCUGAGAUUGGGCAGCUUAACUCGCAACACAAGGCCAUGCCAUGCGAGGAAGUGUGUCCAUUUGCAACUCCAUAAUUUGUGUCGGACAAUCAAGCCGCUGCCAUCAAGCUGCCUGUUGUGCCACGAAAUCGAAGUGAUAACCUUCAAAAUUCUCUUACAAAUGGACAAACCAGUGUGCCAAAUGUUAGGAGGUUGUGCCAAGCCUUGCCAAUCCUGCAGAAAGCUGCGAUUCACAAGAAACAGUGUGAGGAUAUUUAUGCACAUUUUUGUCUCGAGAUUGUGCAAAUUAUGCUGACACCAUUCCAGAUGUUAUGUGCGCUAACUGUGUGUAUAUAAUAGAUAAUUGACUUUUUAGAAAGGGAUGUGCAAAGAGUGUAAAAAAAUAAUAUUUAUAAUAUAUAUUUUAUGUUGCCGAUCAGUGCGAUGCCACACUUGAGUGAAAUAUAUUUUGAUUCAAGG